CACUCCGCCCGGGGUGGCACCGGGACCUCGGGGGUGGCACUACGACCCGGGAGAAGGGAGGUCACCUAGCUCCAUGGCGGCUGCCAUCACCAGGAAUCGGAACUACAUUACCCAUCAUCCCCCUCGCACCUCCAGCUGACUGACAGGUGUGGGCUCGGCCAGCUCGGGGCUCUGGGACCUGCUGGGCAACGCCAUGGUCAUGACCCAGUUCAUCCGCCUCACCCCCGACGUGCAGAGCAAGCAGGGAGCCGUGUGGAACCGGGUGCCCUGCUACCUGCGGGACUGGGAGAUGCAGGUGCACUUCAAGAUCCACGGGCAGGGCAAGAAGAACCUCAACGGAGACGGAUUCGCCAUCUGGUACACCAAGGACAGGAUGCAGCCGGGACCCGUUUUUGGGAGCAAGGACAACUUCCUGGGGCUGGGGGUGUUCGUGGACACCUAUCCCAACGAGGAGAAGCAGCAGGAGGCUCAGAAGAGGAGGUACAGCCCUGGAAACCAGCGCGUGUUCCCCUACAUCUCGGCCAUGGUGAACAACGGCUCGCUGACCUACGACCACGACCGCGACGGGCGCCCCACCGAGCUGGGCGGCUGCACCGCCAUGGUGCGCAACCUGCACCACGACACCUUCCUGGUCAUCCGCUACGUCAAGAGGAGACUCACGGUGCUGAUCGACAUCGACGGCAAGCACGAGUGGCGCGACUGCAUCGACGUGCCCGGCGUGCGCCUGCCCCGCGGUUACUACUUUGGGACAUCCUCGGUCACCGGGGACCUCUCAGACAACCACGACAUCAUCUCGCUGAAGCUGUACCAGCUGACGGUGGAGAGGACGCCCGAGGAGGAGAAACGGGACCGGGAGGUUUUCCUGCCCGUGGUGGACAACCUGAGGCUGCCGGGAAUGGAGGCGCCCCUGGAGCCCAUGAGCGGCCUGGCCCUGUUCCUCAUCGUCUUCUUCUCGCUGGUGGCCCUCGUCUUCGCCAUCGUCAUCGGCAUCAUCCUCUACAACAAGUGGCAGGAGCAGAGCCGCAAGCACUUCUACUGACCCCUGACCCCUGGGGGGCCACAUCCUCAUUGCCACCCGUGCCAGGGUGCCAGGGAACCCCUAAAGGACGGUGCCAGCCUGGCUGAGGAGUUCUGGAAUGUUCCCUGGCAGAGACUUCCCAGAGCUUCUCCAUUGUUGUGGCCACCACAGAGACCUCCCAGUUGUCACCAUCUGGCUGUGGCCACCAGAGCUCCCUCCUGGCUAGUGGUGCCACAUCCUCAUUGCCACCCGUGCCAGGGAACCCCUAAAGGAUGGUGCCAACCCAGCUGAGGGGUGCAGAGACUUCCCAGAGCUUCUCCAUUGUUGUGGCCACCAGGAAUCCACCAGAUGAGCUCCCUCCUGGGCUAGUGGUGGCCACAUCCUCAUUGCCACCCGUGCCAGGGUGCCAGGGAACCCCUAAAGGACGGUGCCAGCCUGGCUGAGAAGUUCUGGAAUGUUCCCUGGCAGAGACUUCCAGCGCUUCUCCAUUGCUGUGGCCACCAGAGACUUCCCAGUUGUCACCAUCUGGCUGUGGCCACCAGAGCUCCCUCCUGGGCUUGUGGUGCCACAUCCUGAUUGCCACCCGUGCCAGGGAACCCCUAAAGGACGGUGCCAACCUGGCUGAGGGUGCAGAGACUUCCCAGAGCUUCUCCAUUGUUGUGGCCACCAGAGACUUCCCUGCUCUUCUGUUGCUGUGGCCACCAGAGCCCCACCCUGGCAAGAACUGGUCAAACCCACCUUGCCACCUGUGCCAGGGCAUCAAGGACCCUCCAAAUCCUUGGCAUGGGGACGGUGCCAACCCAGCUGAGGGGUGCAGAGACUUCCCAGAGCUUCUCCAUUGUUGUGGCCACCAGAGACUUCCCAGUUGUCACCAUCCAGCUGUGGCCACCAGAGCUCCCUCCUGGGCUAGUGGUGCCCACAUCCUGAUUGCCACCCGUGCCAGGGUGCCAGGGAACCCCAGAUCCCUGGCAUGGGGACGGUGCCAACCCAGCUGAGGGGUGCAGAGACUUCCCAGAGCUUCUCCAUUGUUGUGGCCACCACAGAGACCUCCCAGUUGUCACCAUCCAGCUGUGGCCACCAGAGCCACACCCAGGCUAGUGGUGCCACAUCCUCAUUGCCACCAGUGCCAGGGUGCCAGGGAACCCCUAAAGGACGGUGCCAGCCUGGCUGAGGAGUUCUGGAAUGUUCCCUGGCAGAGACUUCCAGCGCUUCUCCAUUGCUGUGGCCACCAGAGACUUCCCAGUUGUCACCAUCCAGCUGUGGCCACCAGAGCUCCCUCCUGGGCUGGUGGUGCCACAUCCCCAUUGCCAGCUGUGCCAGGGAACCCUAAAGGAU